ACCUCAAUUCAUCAUGAAUGAAGAAAAGCAAGAUUCAAUUAUAGAAACAAAUUCAAAACACAACGACUUCUUUGAGACAUAUAAUGAAGAAUAUCCUGAGCCUACAGAAGAAGAUUGGAAGAGCUUACCCGAAGUAUCCGAUGCAAUUCCAAAAACAGCCUUUCUUGUCAUCUUGAUUGAGUUCUGUGAACGAUUCACGUACUAUGGGUUAAGUGGACCCUUCCAAAAUUAUAUUCAAAAUCCUCCUCCACCAUCAUAUCCCGCUAGUUUACCCGGUGCAAUGGGCAAAGGACAACAAACGGCGACAGCUUUGAAUACCUUCUUCACCUUUUGGUGUUACAUCACUCCUAUCCUUGGCGCUGUUAUAGCCGAUCAGUUCUGGGGAAAAUACAGAACCAUCCUUGUCUUUUCCAUCAUUUAUCUUCUCGGACUGACCAUUUUGACACUCACAUCCAUUCCACCAGCAAUUGCAUCUGGUGCCUCAUUCCCAGGCUACAUCGUUGCGAUCAUUAUCGUUGGCCUCGGUACAGGCGGUAUCAAAUCGAAUGUAUCACCUUUGGUUGCUGAACAAUAUCGCAGCAAAUCUGCCUACGUGAAGACAUUGAAGAAUGGCAAACGAGUGAUUGUGACGCCUCAAGCGACGUACCAAAAGAUCUUCAACUUCUUUUACUGGGGCAUCAACAUUGGUUCACUUUCUGCUAUUGCCACAACCGAAUUAGAAAAGAAUGUCGGGUUCUGGCCUGCCUUUGUCUUACCUACGCUUAUGUUUAUUCCAUGCAUCAUCGUUGUCAUUUUGGGCCGUAAUCAAUACAUUCAAAACCCACCACGUGGUUCAGUCUUUAUCGAAGCCGGUCGACUCUUUUGGCUCAGCUGGAAGGUCAAGGGCGGCAUUGACGCAUGCAAGCCUUCAAACCUGGCUCGUGAAUAUCCCGAGUAUGCAAUCAAAGCGACAUGGGAUGAUGUCUUUGUAGAUGAACUCAAACGUACUUUGAAGGCCUGUGUCAUCUUUUGCUGGUUUCCAAUCUAUUGGCUAUGCUAUUCCCAGAUGACAAACAACUUGGUGUCAAUGGCUGGCACCAUGCUCACGGGCAACGUUCCAAAUGAUAUCAUGCAAAAUAUCGAUCCUAUUGCUCUCAUCAUCAUCAUCCCCAUCAUGGAUUCUGUCGUAUACCCUGGCCUUCGUCGUCUCGGUCUUCCCAUGCGACCUAUCGCACGUAUCACAUGCGGCUUCUUCUUUGCUGCUGCUGCCAUGGGAUACACUGCUGGUAUUCAGUCCAUGGUCUACAAGUCUGCUCCUUAUUACGAUCAUCCCGAAGGUAGACAAAACUGGAUAUCAGCCGCCUAUCUCAUUCCUUCGUACGUACUCAUUGCCAUCUCUGAAAUAUUUGCUUCGAUUACCGGUAUGGAAUACGCUUACAAAAAGGCACCUCAGUCAAUGAAGUCCAUCGUCAUGGCUCUCUUCUUGCUCACUAAUUGCUUUGCUUCCAUUCUUGCAUUUGCCCUCGUUUCUGUCGCGGUGGAUCCUAAACUCGAGUGGAUGUACACGGGUAUCAGUGCUGCCAUGUUCUUUUGUACAAUCAUGUUUUAUAUUUGCCAUCACAAGGCAGAUGAUACAGACGUUGAAGAAGAUGCAAUCGUUCGUGAUAAUAUGGCACAAAAGGCAACGAGUGAUGAAAUUGUGGCAGAAUAUGAAUUAGAAAGGAAUCGAUAAUGUAUAAAAAAGCAUUCUGUGUAUAAAUCUAU